AGCGGGUAGAGUAUCAAGCCGGAUCAUCUCCACGCGUGCACUGUUCACUUUACUCACUCUGCUCUGAAUUAUAUUAAUUCUAGUGCUUAUCGUUACUUUUCCUUAUCGACGAGUUAUCUAACUUAAAGACAAGAUGGGUGACACGGAAGUUGAGGCGAGAGAAGACCUUCCCUAUGAAACCAAGGUGGCGAGGGCAUCAAUCAUUGCGAAACCAAUGGCUUCAAAAAAAUUAUCAAAGAAACUCUUCAAACUUAUUAAGAAAGCUAACAAGGAAAAAUACCAUGUUCGGAGUGGACUGAAGCUUGUGCAGAGUAGGAUUCGAAAGGGUGAAACUGGACUCGCCGUCUUUGCCGGAAGUGCAUCCCCCAUCGAAAUCAUCUGUCAUUUACCCGCAGUGUGUGAAGAUAAGGCUAUCCCGUAUGUCUACGUCCCAACUGGGCGUGAUAUCGGGACUGCCAUGGGCGUCAAGAGGUCCACCCUUGUCGUGCUUAUCAGACCCCAUGCAAAUUACCAAGAAGCAUACGAUGAAUGUUUCCAUGAAGUAAAAAUGUUGCCUCCACCACCAUCCGUUGAAAUGUAGUAGUAAUACUAGCGGAUUUUAAACUUUAAUUUUAAUUGGUUCAUUCUUCCUAUCGUUUUUUAUAUAUUUUUCCGUAAAAUAAUUAAUAAUAGCAUUACAUGACUUAUUAGUUACAUAAAUUAGUAUAGAAAUAAGACGACCUUUGUUUAAAGAACGGGCGAGAGAUUUUAAGAAAGAUUUACCUUUUCUUCUAGCAUAUCUAUUAUCAAAGCGUACUUUAUAUUUACAAAUACGUAGUAAGUAAUAAAAAAGGCUAAAUAAUCACAAUUUUCCAUGCUACAUAAA